AUGCCUAUCAAACUGCGAGCUUGCAAAAGAAACAAUUUCGUUGGACGAGGUAGAUGGGAGCCGAGCAGGUCAUGGCAUUGCUACGUAAGUGGCAGAGAGCUGAGGUGCAAUGUCACCCAAGUCAGCGGUACGCAUCUGCAACUUGUGGCGGGUGACUGCUUCAAGCUUGGAAACCCACGAGCUGUCGCACGGUGUUCCAAGGUUUCCGGGUUUGGAAGUUUGGAACCAAAGCGACAGGGCUGGCGGUGGCCCCAAGGUCUAGAGUAUGCCACCUUGUGCGCGACGCUUGCCGGCAUCCCCCGGGUUGAGGAUAUCGCCAGUUCAUCAUACUUCAGGCAUCCAAGGGUCUAA